AUGUCGCCGCCACAUUAUGUUGCAAUAUGGCAACCAAAUGUGUAUAUUUUGUUAUUAAUUGCUGCAGGUAUAUCUUAUGCUGCUAAUUCGAAGCGGAAUGAUUUAUCGGUUGAAAUUGAACGACAUUUUCCAUGUCCAUCAAAUAUAGGUCCAAAGAAGGAGAAUUUACGAAUAAAAUUUCCAAGUUAUAAAUCAGGUGGUGUGAAAUUUAUACCUGAAAAGAACUCAUCUGGUCGUAAAUGUUUCGCAAUGAGUGGUGGAGAAGUUGAGGUUUAUCCACCAGGUCUUAGUGGUACCUCUAAAUUUCAUAUAUAUUUGGAGACGAAAAUUGGCAUCAACGGUCGACCAGAACGAUGCGUGAACGCGGAUCCAGAUGGUUGCGGUGGUAUAGGCUCAUGUGUUUAUUGUGAUAUUUGCAAAAGUAUCGGUGGUCCAUUAAAAGAUUUGGUGCAAAUUCUUGAAAAAGAUAUGGCAAGAUGUAAUGGAAAUGAUAUGGCACCUGGUAAAUAUAAAAAUAUAUCAUUGCGCAUAUGUUUACCAAGUAAAGAGCAAUUACUUCUAUUUCUAGAUGAG